AUUAGAGACCUCAAACCCCAGAUUCCAUUUUUCAAGAACCAAGAAGCAAACCGAACCCUAAACCCCAAAAACCGAAAGUCCUUUCCACAAAUCUCUUAAGUAAACCCAGAAAUCUUUCCCUUCGAAUUAAAACCCAUAAACCCUUUGAUCCAGAAACUGCUAUCUUUCAUUAAUACCCAGAAAUUCUGAUCGUAAUCGCAUAAAUAAAACCCCAUUAAUCAAAAUCUGAUCUGAUGGAUUCAACGGCUAUAUCGACAUCAACGACAACACCCCCUUAUCAUCUUCAUUCUCGGUCCGAGCCACCGUCCCGAGCCAAGUCAGCCUCACGCCUUGCCCAGUGCGAGCAUGUCCCUCAUCUCUCUCUCGGCCUCAUAAAAUCUUCACCCAAGAUGACUCCAUCGCCUUCCACUCAUUCCAUCAAAUCUUCCGAGUCGCUACCUCUUCGCGAACUACUGCUUCUUUCGCCUUCCCCUUUACGAAAAAGAUCCAAGACCCGUCUCAUGGAUCGCCUUGAAAUGGCUGAUGAUCCUGCUGUCGAGGUUCCAGGGCUGCGCCGUAAGUGCAAAAGCAGAGGCUCGCAGAUGGGCCUACUGGGUGCCUCGCCGAGGAACCGGAGGUCGCGGAGGCGGUCGGAGAAUGAGACUCGAGAUGAGAAAGUCUCGGGUUUGGUGGAGGAGGUUGUGAAGCCAAGAAAAAGGCGGUCCAAGAAGGAAAAGCUGGACUUGGUUCUCAGUUUGCCAUCCCCAAGUUCAUCAUCAAUCGAUGAUGAGUAUCGGGGUAGUCUUGAUCGAAUCGGGCAGCUCAUGACUGAUCUGAUUAUGUGGAGAGAUGUUGCAAGGUCGAGCCUUUGGUUUGGUUUGGGGUCGCUUUUCUUCCUUUCCUCUUGCUUUGCCAAAGGAAUCAACUUUAGCAUUUUCUCAGCGAUUUCCCAAAUUGGACUUUUGUUUUUGGGUGCUUCAUUUGUCUCCAAUUCAAUCUGUCAAAGAAAUAAUACCGAAAAGAAGUGUGAUCUAUUACUCAAAGAAGGUGACAUUCUUGGUGUGGCCAAAAGGAUACUACCUGCUGUAAAUCUUGGCCUAUCAAAGACGAGAGCGCUUUUCUCAGGAGAGCCAUCCAUGACCCUCAAGGUAGCACCGUUCUUUCUUCUGGGAGCAGAGUAUGGGCAUCUUAUAACAUUUUGGAGGCUCUGUAUGCUUGCUUUUUUUAUCAGCUUCACAAUCCCAAAACUAUACUCAUGCUACUCUAUUCAAAUCAACCAAAAAGUUGACUGCUUGAAAUGGUGGGUGUUGGAAGCAUGGGGGGCUUGCUCACACAAAAGGAUUGUAGCAGCAUCAGCAGCCACAGCUUUUUGGAAUCUGUCUUCGGUCAAAACCCGUAUUUUCACAGCAUUUAUAUCUCUUGUAAUUCUUCGAUACUGCCGGCAACAUAUGGUGCAACCAAUGGAGACUGGGGAAGCAGAGGUGGAGCAGGAGCAGCAUCACCAGACAUUAGUAGCUGGAGUGGUGGGAGAAGUGGACGCAGACAGAAAACAAGAGCAGAAACAGGCAUUAGUAGUUGCAGAAGUGGCAAGCAAUAAGUAGUUUCAGUGACAAUGUGUUUGUACCUGAUGACAACAAAUAACUGAUCAAUAACAAUAUUUUUACAUCUAGAAAAUAGUAAUUGUUUCAACUUCUUUUA